AUGGGUGUUAGGGAGAGGUUGCAGGCGAAGACCGCUGUAGCAGCAUCCAAUCCUCCCAAGCACUCUGGAAUGCACAUUCCGAAGUCCCGCGCCAAGACACCAGCUGGCUGCUCAUCUAGGAAGACAAACCUACUGCCCCCGCCCCCUAGUUCCUCUGGUAGUGAACAAGAGGGUAAUGAUUCCGCAGAGGCAGAGCAACAGCCAAUGGAUGUCCUGCCUGGAAAUGCUCCAAUGGCGCAACUUCCAAUGACAUCCACAGCCGACCUAGUCCCACAGCUGGAACAGGAUGCCCAGCCUGCGCCGGCCAAUGCCAUGGAUGCCGAGCCAACAGCAAGACACAUCUGGCAAAGCAUCCAGGACCUUGGCAGGAGAGUAGAUUUCUUCGCCACCAAUGAGCAGGUGGAGGCAUUGGAGGUAAGAGUUGCUUCAGCGGAGACCAACUUCAACCAAUGGUUGAACAUCUCGGAUGCAUGGCGGAGAGUGAUGUCCACAUCUUGA